AUGUUGCCCGCUGUAGUUCGCCAAAGAUCCGCUAGCUCUUUGCCAUUCAUUCUCACUCGUUCACUGGCCACGGAACAUGUCUCGUCUCCGCUGCCUGACCUUCCCCUCGUGCCACCACAGAAAUACCCACAAAAGACUACAAAACCUCGUCUCUACCCCCAUCCACGGACUGCAGAAUAUAAUCCGAAUUCUACCCUUCCAAAGCUGCCUCCAAGGUUUGGUCGCAACCAGCUCUUGCCGGUUUCAAGUUCCACCCGAGCUCUGCUCGAGUCAAUCGUAGACAGAUUCGACGCACCCAUCCGUUACGCGUUUGCCUACGGUUCGGGCGUUUUUGAGCAGGAUGGAUACGUCGCGUCAUCGCCAGCUGAAGCACUUGUGGGUCCUGGCGCGCCGAUGCUUGACUUUAUGUUUGCGGUGACACACCCAGCACACUUCCAUUCCAUUAACAUGCAUCAGAAUCCCAGCCACUACCCGCUACAUGCUCGGAUGUUAGGUUCGUCUUAUGUGUCAAAAGUUGAAGAGAUGGGGCCGGGCGUGUGGUUCAAUGCAUAUGUUCCCGUCAAUGGAGUGAUGAUCAAGUACGGUGUAACGACUAUAGAUAAUCUAUGCUCCGAUUUACUCAAUUGGCGGACACUUUAUCUCGCUGGUCGCAUGCACAAGCCCCUUCGGAUAAUCAAAGACGACGCUCGUGUGCGAUUGACACAACAAGUCAACCUGACUUCUGCUAUUCGUGCAGCCCUUCUCACGCUCCCGGAAGAGUUUUCUGAGGUAGAGCUCUUUGAACGUAUAGCAGGGAUAAGCUAUACUGGUGACCCACGGAUGAUGCUGCCGGCGGAGAACAGAGGAAAGGUGGGGAACAUCGUGCGCAAGCAGAGUCCGCAGUUUAAGGAGUUGUAUCAUCGCCUGGUGCCCUCGUGCGCGUUCGGCUCAUCUGAAGAAACUUCCAUCGAAUUUAUGCUGACAAGGAACUCUUUAGAAAUGGGCAAAAUUGUCCGAUACCCUGCGACAUUACAAUCAUUCAAGGGCAUUGUGAGCGCCGGGAUCGGGAAGAGCCUACGAUAUAGUUCUGCAAAGAUUGGAAAGUGGUGGAGUGGCUCAUAA